ACGUACUGAUAUUUAUAAAAUGGCCGAAGAAUGUAAUGAUAAAAGUGUUUAGCGGUGUAUUUGUUGCCAUAUUAUACGUUUAACAGUUGAAUUUGAACAUCUGUAUUUGAGUUAAUGGUUUCGAUUAUUGUAAUAUAACACAAUUAGGGCCAUUUUAAAGAAUUUCAGCUGUUUUGGCGUAGUAUAUGUUUACUUUCGUGUUUAGAUUAUUAUUGAGCUAUAAGGUUAUUAAUUAAUCAUAACAUAGCAACAUAAGAGUUUUAAUAUAUUUUCUGAUGAUAUUUCGUAAGAAUGAGUGACAGCAGAAAUGCUAAAGCGAAGAGAAAGAAAUCAAGGGCUAUAGAGUCAUCUGACAGCGAUAGCCCACUUGAAGCACCUGGGAGAAGAAAACCAAGACGCGUGCCGAGCGAGAGUGGCAGCAGUGAUGGCUCCCAGUCGCCGGUGGCGAGGCUCCGCACACGUGCCCGGCCCCCGAGGCUGGAGAGCGACCAGAGCGACCGGGAGUCGUCCGGCAGCCCGCGCCCUCGCCGCGCCCCCGUCAAGCUGGAGAUAGUGGAGGACUCCGGGGAUCAGUCCAGCCACGACAGCAGUGGCAGCGAUGGCAGCGAUGGCAGCGAAGACCUGGACGAGAGCUACGAGGAGGAGUCCAGCGACAGCGACAGCUGCUGGCAGAGCGACUGGAUGUCGGCCAGCGAUGUCGAGGGCGAGGCGCCCCGGUCUGCCCCGCCCUCCCCCGCCACCCCCGCCCCCACCAAGCAGGGAGCGGGCGGCAAGGGCGUGGCGGCCCGCGUGCCGAGCUCGGGCUCGGAGAGCGACGGCCAGUCGGAGAAGUGCCCCAUCUGCCUGCGCGGCUUCGCCAGCCAGGAGAUAGGCACGCCCGAGGCCUGCGACCACAGCUUCUGCUCCGAGUGCCUGCAGGAGUGGGCCAAGAACGUGAACACGUGCCCCGUGGACCGCCAGAUGUUCACGCUGAUCCUGGUGCGCCGGCGGCUGGGCGGCAAGGUGGUGCGGCAGAUCCCCGUGGAGGAGCGCCGGCUGCAGGUGGACCUGGACGAGCCGGACGAGGACCCCACCUACUGCGAGAUCUGCGGCCGGAACGACCGCGAGGACCGGCUGCUGCUGUGCGACGGCUGCGACCUGGGCUACCACCUGGAGUGUCUCCGGCCGCCGCUGGACGAGGUGCCCAUCGAGCAGUGGUUCUGCCCCGACUGCGUCGCCGCCGGCAACACCAGCACCGCCGAGGAGGAUCUCCACGACGAGAUAGUGCGGCUGCUGGUGGAGCAGGGGACAGACCUGGACGACCAGAGGCCCGCGCCGCGCCAUCGAGAGACGCGCCUCAUGCCACGCACACGCCAGAACGUGCGCCUGUCCGAGCGCGUCCUGACGCGCCAGCUGGAGCUCCAGGCGGACCAGCCGUCCACGUCGUCCGGGCGAGAGUCCCAGGACGCGGAGGGCACCACCCGGCGCAGGGCCGCUCGCACGGCGCCCACGACUCGCCGGAGGGCGGCUCCCGCGCGUGCCAAGCGGGGCCGCGCCAAGAGGAAGCGCAAGACGAGGCGUCGCGCGACCGCCCGCAAGACGAGGAAGGUGACGGUGGUGAACUCUGACGGGGAGGAGGAGGAGGUGGAGAUAGAGUGCCCGUCGAAGCCGCGCCGCCGCAAGAAGCGACGUAGGAAGACCACGAAGAGCAGGAAGAUCAGGAAGGUGGCGGUGCGCAGCAGGCGAGCACGCACGGCGCGCGCGGCGAUGCCUCUGUCUGCACGCACGCGCAUCGCGGAGCACCUGCGCAUGCUGGCGCCGCAGCGGCCCGGCCAGACCAUCCCGGACCUGCGGCCCCAGCACACGGCCGCCGUCCCGGUGCAGCGGACCCGCGCCGGCAUCCCCAUGCUGCACCUGUUCGGUCAGCGAGACCAGCUCGACUACUUUUCCGGGUCGGAGCCGGAGGAGGGGGGCGGCGUGUGCGUAGUGGCACAGUCGCGCACCUCUGCGCUGCGCCACAUCAGCAGGAAGGCUGCCCUCACUGCACCGGCGACUCCUUGCGAUCUGGUCAGCAGCAUCCUGGACAGCCAGUCCGUGUGGCACUCGAAGAAGGCGGAGGUGACCAUCAAGCGUGACGGCAGCCUGGAGGUGAAGGGCAAGGACAAGCUGGACGUGAAGGAUCCCGCCCACGCCCAGAAGGUCGCCUCUCACGCACCGGUGUACUCCGGGAGGACCGGAGGCUCCGGAGACUCGAGAGCCCCGCCGGAGAACACCGGCCGCUACAGGUCGGGCUCGUCCUUCCACGGCUAUCAAGGGGGGCGCGGCUUCGCCCCGGUGUCGGGGUUCGAUGCGCGAGGCUCCCGAGCCGGCUACUCCAGUUACCUGAGCGGCCCUCGGCCUUCGCCGCCGCCGCCCCCGAUGACGUUCCGCGGGGGGCCGGUGAGGUUCCGCAUGAGUCCGCCACGCCCGCCCGUGCGCAGCCUGCGUCCCCCGCCGCUGCCCCCUCGCCUCCUGCACCAGCAGAUAGCUCCCACCUCGGUGGAGUCCUUCGACCUGGACGACGACGUGCGCUCGCGGGACGAGGACGACGAGAUAGACUUGUACAGCGACAUCGAGGUGGGCGGGGCCGGGCCCGAAGACGAGGCAGAGAGGUCGUACGAGGCCUUGCCCCCUCCGCCGAUCCCGCCCGCCAUGCUCAUGGACCUCGGGGACCGGCCGCUGAGCGACGACGAACGGGGCAGCGACGCGGAGCUGGUGAUAGACGAUGAUGGGCCGGCACGGUCGGAGGUCUCGCACUCGCAGAUAUACGACCCGGCCAGCCCGUCGCGGGACUCUGACGAGGAGGUAGAGAGUGUGAAGCCAGUGAACAUCCCGCUGCCGCCCACGAGGAGGCUGGUGCAGUACUCGCCCGAUGCAUCACCGCAAUAUGAUCAGCAAGGUGCACGGGACUCCUCGGACGAGGAGGAUCAACAGGCAGAGUGUCCUAACUUUUCCAUCUACUCUGCGGCCAGCAUGCACCUGGCGCGAGCCACCGGAGACGCCUCGCCUGACUCCCUCGAUGGCAAGUUGCUGUCAGACACUGACGACGCGUGCGUUGAAAACAUCAACGAUGCAAGUUUGACUCAGGUUAUGGCAUCAAAAGUGGCUGUGGAUGAAGACAUGAAAGAUGAAUAUGUAAAAGGAAAUGCCAGUUCUGACGGGGGUCUAGAGAAUGUCUUCACUACCGAAGAUUCUAAUGAUAAACUCUCAACUUCGGAAUAUUCACCUAGCAAAGCGCUACAGUCCGAAGAAUCAGAAGAUGAAGAGUUGCAGUCCAACAGUUUCAAGGAUAAAGUCAACCUAAAUGAGGCUUCACGAGAUGAAGUAAUGUCAGGUGAAUACAAUGAUUCACAAGACCAAGUAUCACCUCGUGCUGAUCCACAACUUCAUGACAUGCCACAAGAAGAAGAGUCGCAAGAUAAAGUCACGCCCGGUGAAAAUUCACAAGUUAUAAGUGAAGACUCACAGGAUAAAGAAGUGAUGCUCGUUCAAGAUUCCCAGGACAAAGUUAUGAAAUUUGAAGAUUCGCGUGACAAAUUCAUGACAGAUGAAAAUUGCCAAGACAAAACAUGUGAAGAUUCACAGGACAAAACCUUGCUAACUGGAGCCUCACAAGAUGACAUCCUGCCACCCGAAAGUUCGCAAGGCAAAGCCGGCAAGGCCCCAGACGUGCAGGACGGUGUGUUUCCGUGUGAAGACCGUUCAGGAAGAGCUUUAUCUGAUGGAUCGCCUGAGAGGCUGGAGCAGGACCAAGACUCUGACGAUGAUGUGCGGAUAUCUGAAGAUUCUAGAGAAAAGGUUUUAGCUAGGGACUGUAGAUUGGAUUCUGGAGAUUUAGGAGCAAGUGAAUCUAAUAUUGAAGGCACUAGAAAUGAGCUUACAGAAGACAAUGGUUUAGGUGCUAUAGUAUCUGUAGAAAGAGCUGAAGAGAAUGAAAGUGUGUAUGAUAAAGAUGAGAUGGUAAAUGGAAGCAGAAAGAAAAGUCUUACAGGCAUAGUUCCGAGUCCACUAGGUAGUGCAGAAGACAAUGUUGAAAAAGAUGACCAAUCUGAUGAUGAAGUGCAGUAUGUUGAGAGAGAAACACAGCAAGAUGAAUCAGAGACUUUAAAAGAUGUUGGGUUUUCAGGCAUUACUGGUGGAGAUGAUUUGUUGAUAAGAGAAGAUAAAAUUGAUAACUAUUCGCGUAGUUCAGUGAAAGAAACAUCUGUUGCAGAUGUAAGAGAGAGUUGUGUGGGUGGCCGUGCCACCACGCCAGAGAACGUCCCGCCUCCCGGAUUGGAGGGGCUGGAGACAGAGACCAUCUCGGAGACGGAGGAGGCCAUCAACUUUGACGAUGCCCUCAGCACGGAAGAAGUGACCUUCCACGAGGAUGGUGAGACGAGCUCUCAUAAGAAGAGGAAGAAGAAAAAGAACCGCAAAACUACGGAAUUUUUCAAUGAAAGGCAGAACAGCAGGAAAGAAUUGGCUCCUCUUGAUUACGAGGAGGGUGAAAUAGUUGAUGAUGUACAAAAGAAAGACAAGAAAUUACUUGAGAAGAAAGAAAAGCAUGAUGUUCAUAAAUUGAGUAGUGAUGACUUUGACAUAGCAGUGGGUAAAUUGGUGUUGGAGGAGGACAAAAAGAAAAAGAAAAAGAAAUCCACAGUUGAUAAGAAGGGGCCAUCAAAAGAAAAACCUAUACUUACUAGUAGUGAAAACAAAGAUAAAAGUAAAGACAAAGGCACUAGUAAGGAUGAUAAUGAGGACAUUUCAUGGAAAAAACCAUCAAAAAGUUCAAAGGAUAGAAACUAUCGUGACACAAAAGGAAAGGAACCAUCACCAAAAACUAAGGAGGUUUCUAAAAAAGACAUUGAAAGUAAAGAAAAGAAACGGAAAAAAGAAAAACGAAAGGAUAUGGAGAGAUACGAUGUCCGCAAAGUUGUGAGUGAUAAAAAAAGAAAGAAACGGGAUGAAUUUGGCCGCGAUGUUCCAUCGAGGGAUAAAUCCUACUCUCGGUCACGUUCACGCAAUAGAUCGUAUGAUAGAAAUAGAAACCGGUCGAGGUCAGUAUCUCGUGGCAGGGGCCGGUCUCCAGUUUGGACAAGAACAAUUUGGUCGAAGAGUCGUUCGAGAAGCCGGUCCCAUAACAGGUCUCGUAACAGGUCCAGGAGCAAGUCGAGAACUAAAGGAAAGGUGAGGUCUCGAAGAAGUAGGUCGAGGGAAAAGCAGAGAAGCAGACUAAGCCGUGAUAGGAGCAAAAGCAGGGGAAAGCAUUCGCGAAGCAAGUCGCGCAGCAGGUCUAUAAAUAGGUUGCGACAUAGGUCGCGCUCUCGAACUCCGGCUAGGCCGAGAGAGAAGAGGGCUCGUUCUCGCGAGCAGAACACUUCGGCCAGGAGGAAGCCGACAACGCGUGACAGACGCUCGUGGUCCCACACGUGGACGCCUUCCUGGUCGAGAUCCCGUUCUCACUCCUACUCCAGCUCGUACUUGUCGUACUCUCGUUCUCGGACACCGUCCGUGAGACACGUGAACCGCUCGUACUCUCGAUCCUUCUCGCGGUCGUGGUCUCGCGAGAGGCACGAGAGGAUCCCUCUCACGAACAAGAGGGUGGAGACCAUCACCAAGUCCGCGAAGAAGCUGACGGUCAUCGUGCCCAACACCAAGGAUGAUGCCGACAAGCAAAGAAAGAAAGAGAAGAAGAGGAAGGAGAAGAAGGUUAAAGAGACUGUUGUUGUAGAAAAACGCAAAAAGAGGAAGGAGAAAUCUCCAGCACCCUCCAAAGAGGUGUUUACUUCUGGAGACAACAUUUUAGUGAGUGUCAACUUCAGCAAAACAAACAAGGCUCCCGGGAACAAGAGCCUGACGACCAGCGGGGCGAAUGUCGGUGUCCUGCCAACAGUCACGGUCAAGGAGCCGGCCAAGAGGAAGCAUGAUGGCACGUUCGAGAGUGAGGUCGCCAAAAGAAAGAAAGAAAAGAGCAGCAAGGAAAAGAUUGUGAAAGGCGUGGUCCCGGCGAGUGACAAGCCUGCGACGGAUAAAAAGAGGAAGAAACUAAUAAAGCCGAGUCCUAGAAUCGCAGCAGUGAUGAACAAAAAACCGGUGGCGAUCAUCGACUUGGACCAAUCUCCGUUCCACGAGCAGACUCCAUCGCCGACGGACCUGAUAGUGCUGAGUGACAGCGAUGAUAACCCGGGUGCAGAGCAAGGUGUGAUCGGCAGCCCCGGGGAGAAGGAAAGAGCCCCCACUCCGCCCGUAUCGGCCCCGCACACCCCGGACUCGCGCUCCCCCGUGAGCUACCUGGUGACUAGCACCGGCCCCAAGACUCCCCCGGAGCCCCAGGUGAAGUUCUCGCUGGCGCCGCCCAAGACGCAGCUGCGGGUGCUGAGCAACCCCCUGCUGGAUGAAGAGGGCGCGCUGGACGGACAGCUGGAGGAGGAGGGGGAGGAGCUACCGCACAAGGGCCCCAACACUCCGCCUGAGCCCCGCGGCCCCUCCACCCCUCGCUCCCCUCCCAUCUCCCCCAACGCCUACGACCCCUUCGACCCCACCAAGUCGGGGACGCCCUCGCCCGUGGGCAUGGAGUUGAGCCUGGAGGACGGGGAGCCCAGCCCACGGGGCUCGCUCGGGGAGGUGCAGCCGGCCGAGGGCUCGGCCUCCCUGGGCUCCGUGGCCUCGCCGCCCCUGCUGGGGGACCCCGGGGAGCCACCCGUCGCAGAGCCCCUGCUGGUGCUGGGCCCGGACCCCGGCCAGGAAGACGUGGUGGUGGUGGAGGAGAGCUCCCCCGUGACCGCGUCUGCGCCCCGGUCCCCCCCGCUGCUCGGGGAACCACUGCCGGCCAUCAGCGUGGAGUCGGAGCCUGGUCUGCCCCAGGAGGAGGUCCCGGCCUCGGCGGCACCGGAGAGCAGCGUGUCUCCGCAGCCGGUCGUCACUCCGGUCAAGACGCAGCAGCCUCCCGCCACCUCCACCCCCACCGUGCUGCCUCUGCCGGGCUUCCCCUCGCUCACCCCCUCCAGCAUCAUCAGCCUGCUGACCACGCCGCCCGCCGCCCGCACGGCCUUCUCCCUGCUGGCCCCGCCCGCGCGCCACAACGGGGAGGCCCGCGGCGAGGAGGCGCCAGACCCCGACGCCGACUCCCCGUACUCGCCGGCCUCCAGCGAGGGGGACGACCUGUUCGAGCCGCCCGCCACGCCGCGGCCCUCGGGCCAGCGCCCCGCCAAGCUGCCCCUGCCGGUGCCUCCGCGCAGGCCCCACGACAAGUUCGACAACCUGUUCGGGGUGUCGCCCAUGCGCAGAGCCAGCGGCCGGCCCUCGCGCCAGGCCCGGUCCUUCGCCGGCCGCUCCAGCAGCACCAAGUCCAAGAUCAAGUCGAGCGGCAAGAAGGAGAUCGCGAUCAAGAUGGACGAGGACCAGCUGCAGAUCCUGGACGAGCUGCCCAGCUCCGCCGUCGAGAUGCAGGUCAAAGACAAGUUCCUGAAGAAGCUGAACCGCCAGGAGCGCGUGGUGGAGGAGGUGAAGAUGUCUCUGAAGCCGCACUACACCAAGAAGCACAUCACCAAGGAGGAGUACAAGGACAUCCUGCGUCGCUCCGUGCCCAAGAUCUGCCACAACAAGAGCGGGGAGAUCAACCCGGUGAAGAUAGCGACGCUGGUGGAGGCGUACGUGAAGAAGUACCGCUACCAGAAGAAGAAGACGGGUGCCGGAGGUGCCAGCCUGCCCGCCAAGACCAAACUGCUGGGCUGGCUGCGCUCGCUCAACAGGCCGUGAACCGUCACACCCCGGCUUCCCGGGAGGGGCAGUCCGCGCUGAUUGGGUGCACGGACUGCGCACGCCUCGGUGUUGGUUGUCUGUGUGGACUGGCUGCUGAGUGGCGUCAGGAUGGCAACGAGCAAGAGAUGGUCUUGCGGAAAUGAACAGCUCGCUGGUGCGUUGCGAGUGAACGGGUGACGGUAUCGCGAACACGGCAGACAGUAGCUGCCACCUCCAAAGAAGCCUUGCCGUGAACAUUGCCCACGGAAGAAAGGUUCUUUGCCAUUAAAGGCCGUCUCGGCAGAGGCUGGGUCCAGCUCCGUUGGCCUGUGUUGCGCUGACAACCACCGCGGUCCAGCUAGACUGUUCUCAACUCCCCUUCCCAAUCACUGCAGGCUAACAAACACCAGUGUAUAAACAAUUAUUAUAAUGUACUAUUUGUAUAUUUGUAUGUAUAUAGGGAUUUAUUGAUACUAUUGACUUUUGCCUGUGCAUAUUCUCAUGUUUACAUAAAGUUUUGUAAAAAAAAAAUUGUUUUCAUUCACUAUGUAUAUUUAUUGAGACUGCCAGGAAGGAUAAAUGCACCAGUUUAACCAUCAUUGGGAAACAAAAUUCUGGCACUUCUAUGUCACACCCACAAUGAGAUGGUAGUAGUACAUAAAUAUUUCUAAAAGUAUGUGGCACCCUCACAUUUUGUCACACUUAUGUCAUAGAUGUGUAAAAUGUGAAAUAACUAUAUUUGUGUUGUGUGGCACCUGUUGUGCUAUUGCGAUUGACGCUCAGAAUUGGGCUCAUUUCGUCCAUCUCUAGUAGUGAAAUUGAUGGUCACUAAAAUAAUAAAAAAUUUUCUGGCCACCCAAAAUUCACAAAUUAUAAUUUAUUCUUCAAGUUUACUAUAAUGAGUGACAGAAUACACAUGGGUUCCAGGUAUUGGUACAACCUUGAGACCCACAAUACAACGGUAACACAAAUUGUGCCAAGGAUUAGGAUCAAAAUAAUAUAUUUCUUUUUAAAAUCAGGCAUUAGUGCUUUGGCAUAAAAGUAAAUGUACGUGUACAUUCUAACAGACAAUGUGUUUCAAAACUAGUUUCUUCUUCUUGUUUUGUAAAGCCAGCCAUGUGUUAA